UUACUCGCAGCACUCAUAAAACAAGGUGUAGAUUACUCGUAAAGCAAUAAUAUGUAGUGCGUUUUACGGCUUAUUUGCCAUAGUAAGAUUAGGCUAGCAAACUUCUGAGAAUACUACCGGCGCCCUAGAAUAUAAAUAUUGCGUUUGAUUUCAAUAUUUUAGAAUAAGUGCGCAAAUACUUCCAUGAGCACUUCUAUGAGCGGCGCAAUUAUUCCUCCUCCACACCAGUUGGCGGGCUUUCGCCUUAGAGGGGUCAUUUGGAUAAAGGCGUAGAUGAGAAGAACAGUUUGUCCCACCGGUGUUUUAUUAUCGACAGAAGGUCGAAAGUAGCUGGGAGAUAUUUCACGAUAUUGGGAGCGAAACUGGUCAAAAUAAUACUGGUAUACAGAUGUCGGGUUGUGUCUUGAGGUGAAAGUAAUGUGAUAACUUUGAACUGACAGGUGAACGCGGCUACAUGUCGCGAUUGUUAGUGACAAGCUAACACUGGGCUAGCCUACGUUCGCUAACACCAGUGGUUCAAACUACAGCUGUGAAAGCGACAGGAGACACGUAUUCGGGGGAAGUCCAGAUUAAAUGCUUACUGCCGUUAUAUAAACGCGAACAAAAGCAGCCGGUUUGUGUCAAACGCAUUCUCGCUGUCACUGUUGGGAACGUCUCAGCCUCGCCUUCUCUGGAUCGUCUUCCUUUAACCGAGCUGUUGGUUUGAUGGCAGCCGCGGCCGGUGCCCGGCGGUUACCCAUGGGAGUGCGGACAUUCAGUGACUUUCUCCAGGUCGCUACUGUGGGAUCACCUCGCGCCUGUCGCACAGCGGUGUUCAGAGGAUGUUCGAGACAGAAUAUUAGACAUUUGGCAUCAUGUGGCAUUCUGAUGACACGGACCCCCAGGGCACUUACUCUUCAAGAUAGCGACGUCACAUCAAGUGCCCCCCAAAGCAGACACUUCAUCAGCUUCACUAACAAAAGGAAGGAGUACUCAGAGCGUAGGAUACUUGGGUAUUCUAUGCUGGAAAUGUACGAGGUUGUGGCCAACGUUGAUGACUACAAGCACUUUGUGCCGUGGUGUAAGAAAUCUCUGACCAUCAUGAAGAGAGCAGGACACUCCAAGGCCCAGCUUGAAGUGGGAUUUCCUCCAGUGGUGGAGAGAUACACAUCGAUGAUAACAUGUGUCCGCCCUCAUUUAGUCAAAGCAGUUUGUACAGAUGGAAAACUGUUCAAUCACCUGGAGACAAUAUGGCGCUUCAGCCCUGGCAUUCCCGGUUACCCCCGCACCUGCACCGUAGACUUUUCUAUUUCCUUCGAGUUCCGUUCACUUCUCCACUCCCAGUUAGCCACCAUGUUCUUCGACGAGGUCGUCAAGCAGAACGUCGCCGCGUUCGAGCGGCGAGCCUGCAAGAUCUACGGCCCUGAGACUCGUAUCCCAAGGGAGCUCAUGUUUCAUGAGGUCCAUCAGACGUGAUCCCAUAGGGCCGUACACCCCCACCAGGCCUUACAACCUCGUCAUAGUCAUUUAUCCACAGAACGCUGCACCAACAUCCUGCCACACUUCCAGAUUCUGUUUCAUCGUCAUCUGAGAGGUGUUGUGAGCGUUACAGUGGAACAUUGAUAAUUCCUCUUAUAGCAUCCUCAACAAAUUCCUGCUUGUCUCCACCCCACCACCUUCUACCUCCACCCUAAGGAUCAUUGUUUAGAAGAAACAACCUCUGGCUCCUCUUUCUCCAAAACAGAGCUGUAUUUAUGAAAAUCUGGCAGUAAAUUAUUGCAAAAAAUCAUUAGUAGUGGUUUAGAUGCACAUGGUAUUUUUUAACGCUCAGCACAGUGACAUUGAACAAAAACAACCUUUUAUUUAUUUUUAGUCAAAGGCACAGAGGUCAUGUGACCCAGCUGGAAUCCCACAGACAGUUCUUUGACACAUUGUCACGUUGAAGUGUUUCUACUUUUCAUUCAGCACCUUAUUCAGGUCAGUCGCUCCAGAAUUAAACUUAGCCGUUUUUUAAUUCAAAUAGAAUUUUUAAUGUGAUCAGAAUUGUAGUGAAGCCAGGGCAGAACACAGCAUUUCAACCAAUCACUAUCCAAUCCUUCAUUAGCGGUCCUAUGUGCAGUUGUAUUGUUUUAUUGGGAUGUGGAUUAAACGUGCCAUUCUGGGAAGGUGAGUGUUGUUACUGAGGUGCAACAUUCUGCAAAGGGAAAAAAAGGUAAUCUUUUUAUUGGUUUAUUUAGAUCUGAGUUUGGGGAAAAUGUAGCUUUAACUCGGCUGUUGCGCUGCUGAGAUAGUUGUUUUUGGAGAUAUGCUAAUUUAAGUAACGCCUUGCUGUAAAGCCUCGUCUGUCAUUGGGUUAAAAAAAAAAAAA